CAAAAAUAAAACACAACCCGCCGGCGCACAGCCCGCCGCGUUAGAAACGUGGCCGCCGCUGAGGCGUUUACGCGGCUGUCAGGACCGCGUCCCGGCGUCCCGGCGCGGCGCGGCACGUCACGUCCGUCGCGCGGCGAUGGCGGAGCGCGCGCGGGGCUGAGCGGGCGCGAUGGAGGGCCCGCGGCCGCCCGCCUGCACCACGCAGGUCAGCUUCGUGUGCCAGCGCUGCAGCCAGCCGCUCAAGCUCGACACCUCCUUCAAGAUCCUCGAUCGCCUCACCAUCCAGGAGCUCACCGCCCCGCUGCUGAGCGCCGCCCCAGCCCGGCCCGGGGACGCGCACGAAGAGGAGAGCGCCCUGACCGAGGAAACCUUCGCGGAGAACCGGCAGGAUGGCGUGUCCAGGAGGUUCAUCCCGCCAGCCAGAAUGAUGUCGACAGAGAGUGCCAACAGCUUCACGCUGAUCGGGGAGGCGUCCGACGGCGGCACCAUGGAAAACCUCAGCCGCAGACUGAAGGUCACAGGGGACCUCUUCGACAUCAUGUCUGGGCAGACAGAUGUGGAUCACCCUCUGUGUGAGGAAUGCACAGACACUCUGCUAGACCAGCUGGACACACAGCUUAACAUCACAGAGAACGAGCGCCAGAACUACAAGAAAUGUCGGGAGAUACUGGAGCAAAUGAAUGAGGAUGUUAAGGAGAAACUGCAAACAGAACUGAAAGAACUUGCACUGGAGGAAGAGCAGCUGAUCCAGGAGCUCGAGGACGUUGAGAAGAACCGCAAGAUUGUGGCUGAAGACUUCGAGAGAGUCAGGGCAGAGGCCGAGCGGCUGGAGCAGGAAGAAGCUCAGUAUCAGAAAGAGUACUGUGAAUUCAAGAGGCAACAGCUGGAGCUGGACGAUGAACUGAAGAGCGUGGACAACCAAAUGCGCUAUGCCCAGAUGCAGCUGGAUAAGCUCAAGAAAACCAACGUGUUCAACGCAACCUUUCACAUCUGGCACAGUGGUCAGUUUGGGACAAUAAAUAACUUCAGGCUUGGCCGUCUCCCCAGUGUUCCUGUGGAAUGGAAUGAGAUCAACGCUGCCUGGGGGCAGACUGUGCUGCUGUUGCAUGCCCUUGCUAACAAAAUGGGCCUGAAGUUUCAAAGGUACCGCCUGGUGCCGUACGGCAACCACUCAUAUUUGGAGUCCCUGACAGACAAAUCAAAGGAGCUUCCCUUGUACUGUUCUGGAGGCCUAAGGUUCUUCUGGGACAAUAAGUUUGACCAUGCAAUGGUGGCUUUCCUGGACUGUGUGCAGCAGUUUAAAGAGGAAGUGGAAAAAGGUGAAACUCGGUUUUGUUUGCCUUACAGGAUGGACGUGGAGAAGGGCAAGAUUGAAGAUACAGGUGGCAGUGGUGGCUCUUACUCUAUUAAAACACAAUUUAACUCCGAGGAGCAAUGGACAAAAGCACUAAAAUUCAUGCUGACUAACCUGAAGUGGGGUCUGGCCUGGGUCUCAUCUCAGUUCUACAACAAGUAACCAUGUCAAGAACUCAUCCUGGCGGCUGUAGAGUGUCUGCAUUUCAUUGGAGAACGUCAAAUCGAGACGUCUCUUGAUACUAACCAGGACAAACUGUUUACAAUACCAAAAAUCCACAAGACACUUUAUUUAAAAUACCGUUAUCACAAGUAGUAUAUAGAAAAGCAAUAUGUAAAGUUAUCUCACUGAGCUGAACAGAAUAAAAAUCAGCUGUUAAAUAUACGCUAAA